CGAAAGAAAGAAAGGUUACAUAAUUCAUUAUUUUUUGAAAAAUAACUGUUGGGCCGAGCAUAACAUUCUUCAUUGGAAUGAAGCCCAACCGUAAUGAUUCACUAUAAAUUAUUAUACACCCUAGAAAGAUCGUAUAUAAACUUCACUUCGUCCUUCAGGCGCAACUUCAAUCGACUAUUCGCCCUUCUUCCACUGACAGGCAGGUUGAAGUUUUGAGGAUAACAUCUACCUGAAGGAAAUGUCUGGAGAGGAAGUUGCAGUUGCAGUUCCAGAAGCUGCUGCCCCAGCGGCCCUUGGGGAACCAAUGGACCUAAUGACUGCAUUGCAAUUGGUACUAAAGAAGUCUAAAGCCCAUGGUGGCCUUCUUCGUGGGGUUCGCCAAUGCUCCAAGGCAAUUGGGAAGAACAAAGCACAGCUUUGUGUCUUAGCUGAUGAUUGUGAUCAACCUGAUUACGUCAAGUUGGUGAAAGCACUCUGUGCUGAAAACAAUGUGAAAUUGAUUUCUGUGCCCAGUGCUAAAACUCUUGGGGAGUGGUCUGGUUUGUGCAAGAUUGAUUCCGAAGGAAAGGCAAGGAAGGUGGUCGGUUCCUCUUGUGUUGUUGUGGAGGAUUAUGGUGAAGACCAUGAGGGCUUCCACAUAAUUAAGAACUUGGAGAAGACCAUUUAGAUUAUUAAGCGCAUGUUUUUGGAGUUUAAAAAAUGAAAUGUUCGGAGCGAUUGUUUUAAAGAACUACUUGUUUAGUUUUGCAGUAGAUGAAGGCAUGCUUUUCAUUUGGACUUAUCUAUAUAUCAUUAUCAAGUUUGGUUUUGUUUUCUUUUUGACUUGUUUAGCCGUGGCUUCUUUUCAUUUGGACUUAUCCUUGUACUACCUUGAGAGUUGAGACAACAAAUCUAAUACUUUAUAGUAUCAUUUUUUUCGAUGAUUGAACUUGUCCUAUAAUAUGAUUGACACCC